CACAGGGCUAUACCUAGUAAAUGAAACUUAUUAUUUUAUUGUUUCCCUUCUACGUGACUUUACCGAAAGAACCAAGAAUAUGAAUUUGAAACUUGUAUUUACUUGGUGACGUCAGCACGUGCGCGCGCUUCAGCCGCAACGGUUUAACGCGAUUACGUCGCCGCGCCCUCAAAACGUGCCCGCGCUGUACGUGAUGACGUCACGCGCAGAGCCUUCGCUCCUUCCCCCGCGCCGCCGUGAUUGGCUGGAGAGUCGGCACGUGACGCGGCGGUGUCGUUGGCGUUUGUUUUUGAACAAAUGGCGGUGAGGGCGACUCGCAGGGAGUUGGCGUUGGAAAAGGUGCUCGGGAUUACGUUAUCAUCAAGCAGUGGACUCUGCUGUGAUCCCAAGACCGGCUUAGUUGCCUACCCUGCAGGAUGUACUGUGGUCAUCUUCAACCCAAAGAAAGGGAAGCAGACCCAUAUCUUCAAUGCAUCCAGGAAGCCCAUUACGACGUUGGCGUUCUCGCCAGAUGGGAAGUAUCUCGUGACGGGCGAGAGCGGCCACAUGCCGGCCGUGCGGGUGUGGGAUCUGGCGGACAGGACCCAGGUCUCCGAGUUCCAGAGGCACAAGUAUGGUAUCUCGUGCGUGGCCUUUUCCCCGAACGUCAAGUACGUCGUGUCCGUGGGCUACCAGCACGACAUGAUGGUCAACGUGUGGGACUGGAGGAAGGGCGCUCUGAUCGCGUUCAACAAGGUGUCCAGCAAAGUGACCGCAGUUUCCUUCUCAUCUGACAACAGCUACUUUGUGACGGUCGGUAAUCGUCACGUCCGCUUCUGGUACCUCGACGCCUCCAAAGCCUCCAAGGCGAACCUGACGGUGCCACUUCUCGGUCGCUCCGGACUCCUCGGAGUACAGCGCAACAAUUUCUUCUGCGACGUGGCGUGUGGACGGGGGAGGAUGUCGAGCAGCACGUACUGCAUCACGUUCUCGGGGCUGCUGUGCGAGUUCAACGACAAGCGCAUGCUCGAGAAGUUUGUGGACCUGAAGACGCCGAUGGCGAGCUGCAUCUACGUGAGCGAGGAGCUCAUAUUCUGCGGCUGUGCCAACGGAGUGGUGUGCGUGUUCGGCGCGGAGGACCUGCGCAAUGUGGCCAUCCUGCCCAGGCCGCACUGCCUGGGCGUGGACGUGGCCCUGGGCGUGCAGCCGAGCCACCUGUUCGGCAGCAAGCUGGACGCGCGGUUCCCGGACACCGUGGCGCUGACAUACGACUCGAGCAACGCGUGGCUGACGUGCGUCUACAACGACCACAGCCUGUACACGUGGGACGUGCGCGACGCGCGGCACGGCAAGCGCUUCGGCAAAGUCUACUCGGCGCUCUACCACAGCUCCUGCAUAUGGGGCGUUGAGGUGUACCCGGUGCUCGAAGAGAGCAGCCCAGCGUGCCUCCCUCCUGGCUCGUUCCUCACCUGCUCUUCCGACAGCACGAUCCGCGUGUGGAGCAUCGACGCGCCAGCUGCUACCCACGCGCCGCCCUUCCACCGGAACGUCUACAGCAACGAGCUGCUCAAGGUGAUGUACUGCGACGAGAGCUUGCAGUCGCUGCAGGACCUGGACUACAACCCCGCGGGCAGCACCGACAAGACGGACCACACGCUUACCGAGGCCAAGCUGGGCAUCCGGGCCCUGUGCGUGAGCCCCGACGGGCAACACCUGGCCUCCGGGGACCGCAUCGGCACCGUCCGGAUCCACGACCUGCAGUUCCUGGACGAGGUGAUGCAGAUCGAUGCCCACGACUCGGAGGUGCUCUGCCUGGAGUACUCCCAGCCCGAGACAGGCGUGAAGCUGCUAGCGUCUGCCAGUAGAGACCGGCUGAUCCAUGUGCUGGACGUCGAGGACAACUACGACCUCACGCAGACGCUGGAUGACCACUCCUCCUCGAUCACCGCUGUCAAGUUCAUCGGAGGCGCUGAGCAGCUUAACAUGGUGAGCUGCGGAGCUGACAAAUCCAUCUACUUCCGCACAGCAAUGAAGUCUCCGGAUGGACUGAGGUUCUCCAGGGUUCACCACGUAGUCGCGAAGGCCACGCUCUACGACAUGGACGUGGACGCGACGGGGAAGUACGCCGUCGUCGGCUGUCAGGACCGCAACGUCAGGAUUUUCGAUGUUUCAAGUGGGAAACAGAAGAAGUGCUACAAGGGCUCCCAGGGGAAGGAUGGCUCUCUCAUCAAGUUGCAGAUGGAUCCCUCCGGGAUGUACGUAGCCACCAGCUGCUCCGACAAAAAUCUCACGCUCUUUGAUUUCUACACGGGAGAGUGUGUGGCCUCCGCCUUUGGGCAUUCAGAAAUUGUGACGGGUAUGAAAUUUAGCCACGACUGCAAGCAUCUCAUUUCAGUUUCGGGGGACAGCUGCAUGUUCCUGUGGCGGUUGCCGUCGGACCUGACGAGUGUCAUGCAGCGGCGGCUGGGAGAGAUGACCCAGAGCCGGAAACCAGCACUGCCCAAGCAGCCCCCGGCUCUCCGCAGGGAGACGUACGUGAUGCAGCCGCGUGCGCCCGUGCUCGGACACAUCACGGAGGAGUGCGAGGGCAAUGAGGGGGAGCGUGAGGGCGACGAGGGGGAGCGUGAGGGCGACGAGGGGGAGUGCGAGGGCGACGAGGGGGAGUGCGAGGGCGACGAGGGGGAGUGCGAGGGCGACGAGGGGGAGCGCGAGGGCGACGAGGAGGAGCGCGAGGAUGAUGUGGAGGAGGAAUCGGACGGACUCCACGCUGUCAUCUCACUGGAUGAUCGCAUGAAGAGAACGGCAAAGACCCCAGCCUGGGCUAGGCUCCAGCGAUUGCCGAACGGCACAGAGGCGGGCCAGGAGGCGGCCGGCGUAGCCUGGCAACCGCGCAGGCGCUGGGGCCAAGGCUUUGACAAGGAGCAGACAGAGAAGUCGCUGCAGGACCUGUGCAGGCUCAGCGUGGAGACGCCGACGCCCUCACCGCUGACGGAGCGCGACUCGUGCUGCUCACUCGACAGCGUGGACGGUGUGUGCAUCGAGGAGGCCACCAAGCUGGCACCCACCGACCUCAAUGAUCUGUUCAAAGAGCUGGAGAGCGGCAAGCGUACGAGCGAACCGUUCUCCAAGCCCGGCGCGGGCCGCUUGGAGACGCCGCCGCCGCGGCACGAGGCCACCCCGUCCCCCGAGCUGGACACGCCGAGCGACGGCGCCGGCGAGGCCAUCAUCUACACGCAGCCCGGCGAUGCCGACGCUGCUCCUGACAGUGACUACCAUGUGACGGAAAUCCCCAAAAGCGUGCGAGGCAAGAGGAGCCCACGAGCCCACGCGAGGGCCAGCCCCAACCAUGUGUCCAGCCACAGCCCGGCCCACGACGUCACAGCCAGCCUGCCCCCGCCGCUUGCUGAUUUGGAGCGGCCAGACCUCGUUGUGGAGAUGAGUUCCGAACUGUCCAAGAUUGAGGAGGGUAUUGAGGACGAAGAUAAGGACGAGGACGUUGAGGAGGUUCAUGAUGAUAACGAGAAGGAGGAGGAAGAGGAGGAGGAAGAGGAGGAGGAAGAAUGUACCGCUCUAGAGGAGGAAGAGGAGCCAUCUGAAAUUCCCAAACAAGAGACCUUCUUGAAACAGAACUUUGAAACACUGGCAGACUUCGUCCGCAAUGAGACGUUCGACCGGAGCCUGGAGGGUCUCUGUCCCAACCCGCAGCCGAGGAAGGAGAUCGCGCUGAACCCCCGCCUCAGCAUCUCCUCGCGCUUCCUCUUCAAGGCCUUCCGCACGCAGCCCAGGGAAGGGCGCCAGCUGCCCAUGAGACCGAGACUGUUGCCGGCGAACCCACCGACGCUGUUGGACAGGGCUGCGACGCAGGAGCUGCCACCGGGCCGGCGCGAGUGCCAAUCCCACACGUCCGAGACCCUCGGCACGACCCGGCUCUUGCCUCCUCCCAAGGACCCGGGCAGCGAGGAGCCGAGCCUGGCACUCGCGAGAAGUCACGAUUGCGACAAAAUCGCCAAGGCCCAGUCCGACCACAUCGGCAACACCGAGGCAGCGGGAGAAGGAAGCACGGGGCCCAUUGUUCCCGGCCUGCAGCCCCCUGCGGUGAAAUCAUCAUCAGCUCCUGACCUCGCCACGCAGCUUCACGGUCGCCUGCUGUGGAGCGAGACAGAACGGAGGGCGCCGCAGCGCAGGCUGCUGCCUCCGUCUCCUGGCUGCGGCAGCAGCGACGCCGUGCCGACGGCUUCCGAGGAGGGCGCGUCGCCGUGCGCGUCGGGCACGGAGGGGCAGAGCGCGGACACAACGGAGAGCCUCGCCGCGAGAUGCGCAAUGAGCGGCGACGACGACGCCACCUCCGUCGCGAAGACCGCCUUGACGGAUACGCUCGACGAUGGUUCUCGUGCCGCCAUGGAAGGCGCCGCCAAGCGGAAAAAGGAAACGGCUCCGGCCAGCGACGUCGCUGCGCGCGAGAGAGGAUUCGCCAGGUCACCCCAAGGUCAAGAGUGGGCAUCGUUCGGCAGCGUACCCGCCAGCUGUUCCACUCCAUCAAGGCCGUCGAAGAGUGACGGAGCGGAGGAGGACGCUCCAAGCAAGCUCCUAGACAGGACGAUGAUGCCACCCCAGGACACGAGCACGCUUGGAGCAAACCCAACAAAGCAGAGACCGAGUUCCGUGCGGCGCAGCGUGAAGCCGGGGGGUCCCUCCGUGCCGUCCACAGAGUCCAGAGUCAAACCGGCGUUGAGCUCCGGCAAGCGGGCGUGCGCUGAAGAUGCCGGCGGAUCGGUGGGGAGAGCACAACGCGACGUCGAUUGUGAAUCGGAGAAGGGAAUCUCAAGUCCUACCGAUGGAAGUUCCUCGCAGGUAGUCGGCGCAAGAGAAUCGGAGUCACAGCUCUGCUGCGAUGUAACGCAGGGUAACGUUGCAACGCACCGAAGCGAUGCCACCCAGCGCGGCGAUGCCAGCGAGAGAGGCCAUCCCGAGAACGCCAAGCCACAGCCAAACCAGAGCUCCUCUCGGGCUCAAGACAAACCAUUGGCUGCAGAGCAGGACUCCAAUCAUUCCGAUGCCUUUGCUACAAAGGUAAAUCCCACAGGUGAUUCUGUAAUUGCGGACGAAGCCCACGGCAAAGGGCUUUCUGCGAAACGUCGGGUUGCGAUCCACAAAGAGCAAGCGGCCAGCGCUGCUGCGGACAACGCAGACUACAGCGAUGACGCGAGGCUUCUGGGAGCGCAGCGUCGAGGCGUCGGAGCAGCGCCGUGCAGCGGCAGUGUCGUCGCGACAUCCUACGGAGCGGCUGCCCGGUCGGGCAAUGGCCAAGCGUCUGCAGAAGGCGGAACAUUCGUUGUGAAUACUUCGGACAAUUUGAAAAGCACCCGGGGGUCGGGUGUGCGCGACGACGCUCCGGAAAAUCUGCGGAACGGAAACGCGGCGCCCGACUCGAUCGUACGCGCAAGCGGGGGUGUUGAGAGGGGCAGCUCUGGCCAAGCGAGUUGCGCCGGGGCGCCGCCACCUCGUAUGGAAAUGCUUGUCAAGAGGGGCUCUGAUAAGCCCAGAGUCGAGUCGGACCGCAGGCCAUCAGGGCGGACGGCGGGAGUGGGGAGAACGUCUGGACUUGACGUGUGUCACUCCUCUUGCCCGGUGCCCGGCGACGCGGCGUCUGCCACGGGAGAGACGAGGGAACUGGUGGACGGCCGUACGGGCAGGGGUGGCAACCCUCCUGCUGUGGAGGCCUCCGCGGACGGAAAGGGGGGCGGCCCGGCCUCGGGGCUCUCUGCGACAAAGGAGGCGUUUGCGGUCAACUUGAAGAACAAUGUCCGGCUGAUCUCUGACGAAAGCAAUGGAGCACCAGGACAGCUUACUGGAGCUGCUGAGGACGCUGCUGCUGCUGCUGAGCAUACACAGUUGAACAGGAAGAACCUCUUACCCAGCGACCAAGAGCUCGAUGGUGACACAGGGCUGCCCGUGACGGAGGAGGAUUGUCAGCUGGUCCUGAGCGAGCUGCGUUCCGCGGUGCGCAAAGCUCUACGCCUCUACAACCGGGUUUCCACGGCGGACUCCGAGCAGCACGCACAGACGGCCGCUGUGCUGCUCCACAGCUUCUCCUCCCUGGGGGCGGAACUGGAAUCUGUCGCUCGUCUGUCAAGUCCUGAGCGGGAGGGCGAGCCCAGCGACGCCGCUGGCGCCGCACGCCCUGCCGUGCAGAGAGGCUGCCAACAGCAGCAGCAGCAGCAACAGAACUCUGGUUUCCGUAACUCACAUGUCUCCAUCGCGCAGGGCGCAGGCUCGCAGAGCCAGCAGCAGCAGCAGCAGCCGUGUGCGGAGCUGCGCGGCUGGGCGGACGGUAAGGCUGUUCACCUGCUGGAGCAUUACUCCGACCUCAUGGUGCAGCUGGUGGAGCGUAAGAUGGCGUGCACCGCGUGCAAAACCACGCGAACCUAAGCCACCGCCCGCCAGGGCCUCGUGUGCAUCACCGGUGCGUGCUCGCAAUGCAGUAGGAUGAUAAGAACCCUUUUCCACCGCACACCCGAGCCGUACCACAGCACAGCACGGCAACGGGUGUUUUUUCUCACCGGCAUAUUUGCCGAGCCGGAACCGAGAGUCGAGUUCUACGGCGGCCUCGUCAUCUGAAUUGGGCUCGGAGCCAAGCGGGUGGGGGGGGGGGGGGCUAGUCGACGCGAGAUGCCGAUCGGCGCAACUCGACCACGCCGUCACCGCGCGCCAUCCACGCGCACCUCAGCGUCCCAGUCGCGCGCGCCCUGCGCCUCGCGUUGGCUCGAAACGGUGCCAGCACGGCUCGGUUUCUGCGAGUGGAAAAGAGGUGUGGAGGGAUGAGGGACGAUCUUGCGUUGUUUGUAUGUUUGAAAUGAACACGUGUGAGGGCAUAUCACUCAAAAAUACAUCCGGGGUAUGUCUUGUGAUCUGAUAGCUGCGCGUGCCAGAGACCAGAUUUUUGUGUAACUUUAUCGACACCGGGGCAGUGCAUCUUCUCGUCCGGAGACUUACGGGAACUGCGCUGCCGUACGCCGGUCACCUGGUAGCCCGGCAGGUUUAGGGUCUGCGUCUCAUUCACAAAACGUAAUCUCCAGCGAUCCCCCGGCCCUUCAGGCCCCCCCCAUGGGCACCACACUGUGUGCACCGCCCGGCAGGGUGGUCCUGCCAGGACGUAACGGGCAACAGGCGCAGCCCUGCAAUCGCUCGCUCACGCCACCGCCGGCGGAAGGGCCUCUACCGUAGAAGGGGGGACCUCCAGAGGAGACCGUCUAGAGCAGGGGUCGGGCAACCAAAAUAACAAGACGAGAUAUUUAUACGAAAAUCAAUAUUUCAAGAGCUGCUCAUUAAAUAGCCGCGUGUGCCUCCGGAGCCACAAUUUGGCGACCUCUGAUUGAGAGGGUAUUUGGCCUACUCUUCCACGCUGGCAAGACUUCUUAGGAGAGGUGUAUUUCUGAGUCAAGAUAUGAAUUCCUCUCCUGCGCUCCAUUUAGGUAGAUAUCGCCUUGUUAUCGAACUGCUAAUUCACUCUGCCGUCCAGCUAUGUGUGUGUGUGUGUGACGGAUUUUGUCGAUGUCUUUGUUCGCUUGUGGUUUACAUUAUAUGGGGAAUUACAACUAUAUGCCUACGUAUGUGAGUUUUCCCAUUCUUUAGCCUCCGAUUGUUUCAGAACUAGAUCAAUGUUCCAUUGAUAGCGCAGCGUUGACACUCUGCUUCUCGUGUGUGUUUUAAGUGUAUUUGCAAAAAAUACUGUUAUAUUUUCAAUGUAUAUGAAGUAUUCGAAGCUUGUGUGAGGUGCGGACGUGUGGAAGUGUUUUGGCACAGUCCUAAACGGCACAUCUUGCAGUGCAGGGAUGCGUCCCCGAUUUAUUAUUCCCGUUUCGUCAGAAAAGUCUGCAAAUCCGAGCCUGGAUACAAAAUUUGGGACCGAAUCGAUGCGAUGACGCGAGGUCACAGGGGAAGUGAUGUCGCUUUCGAGAACCGUCACUUCCGCGCCGUUGUCGGCAACAGCGACGCCGUCGGGGCGACGUGGUUGACAACGGCGGCACGGCGGUGAAAUUGCCCCCUUUACAUCACAUUUUUUGUCGACUGGGAACUCUUCCUCGAGUCGUUCACGCAGUUUACCGUUGCGUUUUUAAACCAGCAGCAAGUUGCUGUUUACGCCAGACGCGCGUUCGUUAAAAGCUUUCGUACCGUCUUCAAAUAAAGUAGUUCGCAUUGAAGCUGCCGCUUGUAAGUCGAGGUUUUUCUCUUAAAUAAAUAUUUUGCAUCA